CGCGCCGCACGGCCCCCCGGCGCACCGCCUGGACACGGCGGAGAAGGUGCUGGAGUGCUGCCGCCAGCUCUUCGCGCGCAGGCCCGGCAGCCGCGUCCACGUGCUGCUCAGGGCACCUGGCUACAGCUGCCUGUCGGCCGCGUGGCAAGGCGGCGGCUCCGUCGCGCGUGCCGCCCAGCCGUCCACCACUUCCAGCCGUACAGCUUUUCGUCACGGACUCGUCUCUGUGAUGGCCCAGUUGCUUCGCAACGGCCACUGGAUGCCGAAGCUGAGGACGCCGCUGCUAAAGAAGUCAAUCCGCUGGCUGUCUGGCCUCCUCAGGAUCGGAUAA